AUGUCUAACAGUUGGAGUGAAGAAACAACAUUAAAAUUUGUACAAUUAUACCGCACACAUGAAAAUCUUUGGAACAUAUUUAUUUCGGAGUAUGUCAAUCAUGAUUAUAGGAUUGCAUCUAUGGAAGCUAUCGCAUGCGAAUUAAAUUUGCCAAACUUCUUAAUGAAAGACGUACGCAGAAAAAUUAAUGCUUUGCGUUCGACUUAUUAUUUGGAAUUGGCGAAAAUAGAAAAAAGUAAAGCCAGUGGUGAAGGCACUGAUUCUGUAUGUAUACAAGCCUUUAUUGCCGUGGUUCGAUGA